CGCUAGACAAUCCUCAUUCGGCAGUCGUUCCCAGCAGUAAUCACACCGUCGGCUUGUGCCGUAGCAGCGACCAACCCUCACACCGAAGUCCUGACUAUCAACAAUACACCGCCACCAUUAAACAACAGCAUCCGAACUGCUACAGUCCUCCGGUUUACGUCGCCCAUAAUACAUAGUUAUACGGGACAGCCUGCGAGCAAACCUUUCAGUAACAAUACACUAUUGCAUCGAUAUGAAUCCCGAGCAAAAAGUAUGUAAAUAUUAUCUGCGAAAAUCUUGUCGAUAUGGAGAUCAAUGUUUCAAUAGUCAUGAAAAGCCACCACAUUCGAAACAAGAUGAUGAUAAACCUAUUUUAACUUUUGAAGUUGCAACAAGCAGCAAGCAACAACGAGAGCAAUCUGAAAAUGUUCAGCAGACAUUGACUAACAAGCCAACUGAGCAUGCAGAUUCAAAAUCAACUGAAAAUGUUAAUAAAACACAACCGAAUGAAUCAAUUAAUACACCACCAGAACUAGAUAUCAGUAAACUGACAACUGAAAUGAAAAAUCUGGUGAAAAAAAUUAAUAUACUUGAAACAUCAGUAAAUACACUUCGCAAACAAUUACGAGAGCAACAGAGAGCAAAUUCUGAUCUUAUUAAUGAACUGAAUGCGACACAGUUGCAUGACGAGGAUUUUAAAUGCCCUAUUUGUUUUGAAGUAUUCAUAAGGCCAUCAUUGCUUGAUUGCUCGCACAUGUUUUGUGAAUGGUGUAUUGACAAAUCAUUAGAGAUAAGUGAUCAUUGUCCAAUAUGCCGGGAACGUAUAAUCGAUUAUUCAUAUUGUUUAAAUACAGACAACAUCAUCAAAAGAAUGAUAGGACUGAUGCCAGAAAAAGAUCAAAAGAGGUAUAAAAACGUUGCGGCACUCAGAGCUAAGGAUAAACCAAAAAGUUUAGAACUGCGUGCUCUCCGUGUGCAAUUCGAGUUAGUAAGACUUACAUUAAAUGGAUAUGUAGCAUUAUAAUUUUUAUUUUAUAUUUUAUUUUUUAUACAUAUAAUGCAUAUUAUAUAUUAUUUUGAAUUUUUACUAUUCCAAUAUUCAUUAUAAAAUUAGGAACUUGUUUUUAUCAUAACUUAUGAUAAAAUAUCAAUAAUAGGGUCAUAUAUGAUGUAUGGUUGUAACUCACAUUAAAAAUUAGAUUUUAAUUGACUUUUUAUUUAUAAAUAAUUUAAAAUAUAUAUUAUAUC